GAACUUCACUCAGUUUGUUCCCCGGCGGAGCGCGUUCCUCCCACGGGUCCCGGACCACGCUGAGCACGCGCACGGAGCGGGUCGGGUCUCCGGGGUUCGGAUCUUUCCCGCUUUUUGAUUUUCUGCCUGAAGUGGAGCUCGCGCGACUUUCAGCUCCGCGGAGCGUGCGUGCGUAAAUCUGCGCGCCUGGAAACUCCGUGGGAUGACGCACGCGCUCACCGAUCGCUUGUUUGACUGAUUGAUUGACGGGCACGCGGUCCGAGACUCGCCAUGGACCCCGUUCAGCUGAUGAUGAUGGUGAUGGUGAUGAUGAAGAUGUCUGACAGCAGCAGAUCAAUGGAGGCGUUCGGGGACCGAGCAGCAAGAAGCAAACGCUAUGCCAUCAACCCUCUAGGACACAAGUGGACUCACCAUAACAUCACGUACAGGAUCAUCAAGUUCCCCAACACCCUGAAUGUGGAGGACACCAGGAAGGCCAUCGGCAUCGCCUUCACAAAGUGGAGCGACGUGUCUCCGCUGACCUUCACCGAGGUUACUGACGGCAACGCCACCGCUGACAUCACCAUCGGUUUCUACACCUUCAACCACACGGACUGCUGGUGGUCUCCUCUCCACCCGUGUUUCGAUGGGCUGAACGGUGAGCUGGCGCACGCCUUCCUGCCACCACGGGGAGAAAUUCACUUUGACAACCACGAGUUCUGGAUCCUUGGGAAGUCCCGCUUCAGCUGGAAACAAGGUUGGAGCACCUGGUACAAAGAUGGCGAGCAGAUCCUCUCAUCCAUUCCAGGGUACAUCGUCAUGAAGGACCGAGACUUGCGCAUCGUCGCCAACGAGUUCAACGAAGGCGUUUACACCUGCCGCGUCCAUCGCCGCGGCGACAUCGUCUCUGCAAACUCCUGGGCUAUCAGGCUGAAGCCGGAGCAGGCGUCCAACAGCUGAAGACGACAGACAGGAAGUGACCUGACAGGAAGCAUGGCGUCCUGACUUCAAGGGACUUUAAACAUUAAAGAACAACGAACCAUUGGCAGCUCUGUGAUGUCACGGCGCCUCAUGACAUCACAAUGUGUAAAGUGGUGACUGAGCUGACUGGAUGGCGUUUUGGUGAUAAGCAGCCUGCUGCUCAUCUACGUGAGAAUAUUUCUGUAGCCCGUAGGAACUGUGGCGUUUGACCCCGCCCACUUUAGUUGCAGCGGUUAAUUACUUAGCAACGACAGUCAUGUAAUCCCUCUUUGCCCUUUGACCUUUGCUUAGAAUUGUAUCCUGUCAGACGCUGUUCCUCUGUCCUCCAUCAUGGGGAAGCUGUUUCACGUCUUUGUGCACUUCCUGUUUCCCCCGCCCGCCCGUCCUCACCGCCACGGUUUGAGUGCUGGACUGAAGUAGAGCAGCUUUGCAUGAUUCACAGUUAAGACUAAUCCCGCCUCACAAGCAGCACGGCGGCGCUCUGAAUGCGAGUGAUGGACGCCAUGACAGGUGGCGUCCUCGUUCUGCCCUUAAUGUGACAUUUGUUUGUUGUUUUGUUG